CAUAGCAACAAUCACAACCAACAACCAUGGCGGACUCGUCGAUCCGCAGCAACGGGGUAGCCGCCACUGCUGCUGUUGCCACCCCCCUCGCCCUGUGGUUCGUUUCUUCGGCGGCCCUUGCGCUGCUCCUGUCCCUGCCCGGUUGUUGGGCGGAUCCGAGCAGCAGGGGCAAGAACAGCGUCCACACACACGACGCCGCCUAUGCCCGCCUGGGGGUCCGCCCACCGGACGAGCACAACCGGGUGCUGGGCCGCGGGGGGGUUUUGGAACUCCCGAUCGCCCGGUGGUCCUGGAGGAUCCACGGAAGGAUUCUUCCCCUGCUGCACCUGUUCGAGGGCGGAAGGGACCGCCGUCCGCCCGACGUCUUUGUCAAUCUCCGCGUGCUGUGGUGCAAGCUGCUGUCCUCCCUCGACCCGGAGUCCCCGGCCUACGAGGGCCGCCGAUCGCUGCCGGGGAAGGGAAGCAGCGGCGUGUGGGGCGGCAACAGCGGCGAUGCUACCGAUGCGGUGCUGUUUGCGACCUACCGGAUGCUGCCUCCGUGUUCGAUCCGGUGGCCGCUGCGCUAUCUGGGCCUGUGGAGAUUCUUUCCCCGCUGGAUGCACGCGAACAUCGAGCUGCGGACGGCCUACCUGAAGGGUGCCCUCCGAAGGGUUUUGGCACCGAGCGGGGCUUCCACGACCGGACCGGACCGCUGCUGCGUCGUUGUGCUGGGCGGCGGGUACGACCCGCGCGGGGCGGUCCUUUCGGCCGGGAAAGGAAUCGAGCGGGUCUACGAACUGGACCUGCCCGCGGUGGUCGACUCGAAGCGGCGGUUGCUCUCCCGGGCCGGCUUUUGCGUGGAGGGGGAGGACGCCGGUGGGAGUGGCCGUGCCAGAAACGGUGUGAGCGGAACCCCCCGCGGGGUUCGAUUGGAGGGGGUCGACCUGAACGACGACGAGGCAGUGGACCGGGUGCUGGACAAGAUUCGAAGAGAACUGGCGGACGAUCCCUCGUCCGAUCCGGCGUCCGGGAAGCCCGGCGUGUGGCGCGUGGUUGUGGUCUCGGAGGCCGUCCUCAUGUACCUGUUGCCCGGAAAGGCGCGGCGGGUCUUGGAAGGACUGGCCGAACGCUUCCGGGGCAGCGACAGCGAAUCGGGCUUUGCAUCUGCUUCGUUCGUGUUUGCCGACCGGCUGGUUCCGCGGAGGAACACGGCUUUGGAUGCCGCUCCCACCGGGUCCGUGGUUGCUGCUGCUGAUUCCACCGCUCCUUCCGCCGGAGCCAGCUCCGAUGCCGCUGUAAUUGACCCUAGAGGAACAGAAGAAUCGGAGGUGCGGCAAUGGCUCGAAACAUCGGGUUGGGAGCUCCGGGAACUCCUCUUCAAACCCGGAGCUACCAGACACCUGGGCAUUGCAACUGCGGCAUGACGCAUGUUAUAGGUGUAGAAGCACACGCGCACACAAAUCGCAUCGACCCAGCGCCGCUUCGAAUCGACGGGGCCGUACUCCACCAUUGCGUUGGUUUCGGAACGAACGAACGAACGAACGGCAACCAAUCAAUGACCGAUGGUGCGUCUUUCUUGCCAUUGUCCAUGGGUUGCCGCGAUGGAUUUUUUCGCGGUCCUAUUGGGCGUCGGGACUAUGGUGCCGUGCUUGGUCCUGCCUGUGUCGAAUGCCCGGCUUCCGAUUGAAUUUUCCAAGACUUGCCAAGGAGGAUCCAGUCGAUAGGAGAGAAACUGCCAACGAACAAAGACAGCCAUUGCCAGCUCGAACAAGGGCCUUCCCGUGAGGCUAGGAAACCACGUCAACUUUGGCAUCUAUCAGACACGCAAAGGAGAUUGAGUCCGUGCAGAUCUUCAAAAACUCACAACGCGAAUAAUUCUAUAACAAACAA